AUGGAUAGGCCCUGGGAAGGCCUGGAGAUUGGCAUCUCUGACAUGGCCAUGUCCCUAGGCCAAGCGGCGCUCCGGUGCACCAUCGGGAACGGGAGCGGAGCGAGCUUUUGGCAAGACUCUUGGCUCAACGGUCGCGCUCUGGCGCUAAGGGCUCCAAAUCUCCUACAAUUCGUCCGGCCGGCCGGCAAAAGGAUGAGCAUGGCGGAGGCCUUGCAUGACCAUGCCUGGGUUGACGCAAUUCGUCGGGCGCCAACGGUGCCGGCCAUCGCCGAGUUCCUCGACAUCUGGGAGGAUGUGCGGCAUGUCCCCUUUCGGAGGCGCCAGACGAGUUCUCCUGGCGUCUUGGGGUGGCCGGCAGAUACUCCUCCCGGGACAUUUACACUGCCUUCUUCUUGGGCAGGGAGCUUGCACCGCGCGCUGACCACAUCUGGCGAUCUUGGGCUCCUCUUGAGGUGA